GCUCAUCAGCGGUUCAGCAUCACUAGCGCCACAAACGUUACCUACCGGGCUACCGAAGAGGCAAGUGCACUCUACAUUUCUAUUUCUUAUCAGUUGCAACUGGUUCAUGGUUGUCUUUCUCUCACGUGAACGAACGUCGACCGCAUGUGAAUGAAUAUUGAAAACGUGAAUUGUGAAUUACAUUGCAAGAAAUUUAUAGAAUUAUUAUUAUAUUAUCGUAUUCCGUAAAGUUUGAAUUUAUCAAGUUUAAGUGGUUGUACAGUGAUCCGAAGUCAUGCUCAGACCUUUCUCGUUAUCGAAGUGCCUGCGAGCCAAACGCGAAAAACGACCUCUGGUUCUCGAACCGAUGUACGAUUUCACGUUCAAGAAGCUGUUUGAUCCAACAGAAAAUAAGCCUGUUCUUAUAAAUUUCCUCAACAGCAUGUUAUCCGGGAUAUCCCACAUGAACGGUUACAAAAUAGAAAAUGUCGAACUACUAGAUUCGAUUCCUGAUUUGCUCACAGAUGCUGCUAAAGGAGUAAAACAGGAUGUUUUAACCAAUGUAUUAUGCAAGUCUACGAAUGGCGAACAGUUCAUCGUGAAUUUGAGUAUGCAGCAACAGCACCACCCACAUUUUUGGACCCAUUUGCAGUAUCAUCGUGCUCACAUUUAUGCAAAUCAAAUCAGUGAAGAAGAAUUAUAUUCUUCGCCUCGAGGCUUUGACUUAAUAAAACCAGUCGCCAUGUUGGCAAUAUGCAAUUUCACAGUGUUCAGCGAAACGAAGAAUUAUAUAUUUUCAAGACAGGACGAGCUCACACCAGAUUUUUCAGAAACGUCAAUGCACUAUGUGGUUGUUGAACUGCCCAAAUUUUCGAUUACCAACUUCGAUGAAAUUCAGACCGACGCUGAUAAAUGGAGUUUCUUUCUCAAGUACGCUGCGGAUGAAGAUCAAAAGUCAGCGAUUCAACAACUCGUAAAUAGUGAUGACGAUUUUAAAAAAGCCUACGGAGUAUUGCAAGUUGAUAACUGGUCUUUGGCUGAAUUGGCUGAGUCUGCCAAGGUUUCCACUGAUGAUCUCAUUGAAACUAUUCGUCGCGAAGAAAAACAAAACAUUGCUGAGAACAUGUUACGAAAUGACAUGGAUCCUUCUGUUAUAUCGAAAGUGACUAGCAUGGAAUUGAACGAAGUUGAAGAGUUGAGAAAACAAGUUGAAGCUGAAAAAUGAUCAUCCUGUAGGUAUAGUUUAUAUUUCAUCUUUGUGUUCGUACUCAGUUUUUUAAAAUGAUUUUUUAUCAAAUUAUUCAUAACGAACUGAUUCUAUCUAGUGAAAAUAAAUACUGAUAUUUAGCAGUACAAUAGAAGU